AUGUCUGCCAACGGUCAUGUUAUUAAUGGAGAUCAGAAUAUUCCACCAGGUCCGUUGGCUCAACAACAACAAGGUAUUCAACGUGCCAACAACGAUAUCGUGAUAGGAGCAAGAGACAGAAGAUGUGAAAUCUAUAAAUUCAAUUCGGAUCAAGCGCUUUAUGCAUCAGCAUGGAGCAAUAAGAACGAUAUCAAGUUUCGGUUAGCUGUAAGUACAGUCUCGGAUAUUUCAGCCAACCCAAAGGCUCCUAAUAAAGUUUCCGUUGUCCAACUCAAAGACGAAACGGGUGAACUUGUGGAGACUACUAGCUUCCCAAUGGAGUUUCCAGCCAAUGCCGUUGGAUUCAUUCCGGAUCUUGACGGUGUCUUUCCGGACCUUUUGGCCACAACUUCUGAUUGCCUCCGACUGUGGCGAAUUGUCGAUGGACAAGCUCAACCGGAUGCAGUGAUGCACAACGUUUCGGGGACACCUAGCAACACUCCAUACGGAUCACCACUAACCAGUUUUGACUGGAAUGAGGUUGAACCAAGGUAUAUUGGAGUAGCAAGUGUGGACACAACUUGUACCAUUUAUGAUGUUGAGGUUGGAGCUCCUAUUGCAACCACCAGAGCACUAACACCAUACAACGUAAAAACUCAAUUAAUUGCUCAUGACAAGCCUGUUCAUGAUAUUGAAUUCUCCAAAAUUAACGGAGGACGUGAUCACUUUGCUACCGUUGGUGCCGAUGGAAGCGCUCGAAUGUUUGACCUUCGUCAUCUGAACCAUUCAACAAUUGUUUACGAAGACCCACAAAAAGAAAAGUUGCAAAGACUAUCGUGGAACAAACAAGAACACUAUUUCAUGGCUCUUUUCGCUGAGCAUAGUCAAGAAGUGAUGAUUCUGGAUAUUAGGAUGCCAUGCAGUAUUCUAUGCCGUCUCCGGAAUCAUAAUGGACCGGUGAAUGGUAUCGCGUGGGCUCCACACAGUCCACAUCACAUUUGCACUGCUGGAGACGAUUCACAGGCGUUGAUUUGGGAUCUUCAACAUGCGCCGAGGCCAGUGGAGGAUCCAAUUCUCGCAUAUACUGCAGGUGGAGAAGUAAACCAAAUCCACUGGGGGCCGGUGCACAGUAACUGGAUUGCGAUUUGCUUUAACAAGACUCUCGAAAUUCUUCGUGUUUAA